AUGCUCAACGAGUUGUAUUUCCCAUCUACGAAAAACAAUGGACUAACAGGCCUCUUCUUGCAGAUAUCUGUCUGGACUCUUUUUGCCAUUACCACAUUACUACUCAUCAGCCGUUUCGCGAUCAGGCUCCGUGUUCAUAGACAGCUCUUUUGGGACGAUAUACUUGCCGGCCUUGCCUAUAUCUUCUUACUAUGUCACAAUAUUCUCGCUACCCUGGCCGCGCCGACGAUUUACUUACUGCUCGAUCUCUUUACGGAUAACCAUGGAUUCAUGCAACCAGAUAUCCUUGGAAAAAUUGAUCGCCUAGUAAAACUCGUUCUCUCCAGCAACUUUCUCUUCCGCAUAUGCAUAUACCUCGUUAAGGCCAGUUUACUUGCCCUGCUCUGGAGAUUAUUCCGCAGUUUGCCCAAGUUCCGCCGCGCAUGGCUGGGGAUUAUCGUAGUCACGGUUAUUGGAUUUGCCCUCUCGAUGAUUCUCCCUCCGGUUGCGUGUUCGGAUUUUACUGCCCUUGGUUGUAUCUCCCCAAGGCAGAUAAGGUUGGCUGCCAUCGAUAUCUACGUCAGCACAGUUUUUGAUGUGCUAACAGACGUUCUGAUUGUGUGCCUCCCUGUUGCCUUUGUCCUCAAAUCAUCUCUCCCCAUGCCCCAGAAGACGGGAUUGAUCGUCCUCUUUCUCCUCGGACUCGCAGUCGUCAUCAUAUCCAUCCUCCGCACCAUUGAAACAGACGGCAAAACUAAACUAUCACCUCCGUCAUGGCUCCUCUUCUGGAGCUCAAUGGAAGCCACUAUCGCAGUGAUGGUAUCCUGCUUUGCUUCCUACAAGUCCCUUUUCUCUGCUCGAUCACGACCCUCGACGUACCAUCCACACGGUCACACUGCAUCUGUCGUCGCCCCUACUCCGGCAGAAGUCCGAAAGACCAGGAUUCUGAACGAAAGUGACUCGCGAGAAGAAAUUAUCCAUCGCACCGAAUUCGAGGUCAGCUACGAAAUGGCACCCGCAGGCUCCAGCAACCGUGCUAAUCCCUACUCCAUCCCCUCAAACAAGUCGUUGCAAGCCCUGCCCUCGUCGUUAGCAUGA